CCUAUGGAAAAGAUAAACUUCAAUAAUUGCGGCAUCGAAAGGCGUGAAACAUGUGAAGUCCGCUCUCAUAUGCAAAGCCCCAACUUCACCGGUGCCGUCACCCGAUUGAAAUUUCUUCUCAAAAACAUUGCUCUCCCUUGUUCCUUAUUGAAGCAAAAUUUUGAGAAGCCAUGCAAGUUUUGACCCUAGUCCCGGUCUUGGCUCUCCUCCUCGCCCUCGCCUUCAUCAAAUUACUCAAACCCAAAACCGCCCGCCCAAACCUCCCGCCGGGGAGCUUCGGGUGGCCGGUCAUCGGCGAGAGCCUCGAGUUCCUCCGUUGCCAACGCGGCGGGCACCCGGAGAAGUUUGUCCGGGACCGGAUGAGCAGGUACAACUCCCCCGUCUUCAAGACCUCACUGCUGGGCGAGCGGAUGGCGGUCUUGUGCGGGCCGGCCGGCAACAAGUUCCUGUUCUCGAACGAGGGCAAGAAGGUGGCGCUGUGGUGGCCAAGCUCGGUCGGGAAGCUGAUGGGGAGGUGCCUCGUCUCCAAGGCCGGCGACGAGGCGAGGUUGGACAAGAAGAUGCUCAUGAGCUUCUUCAACCCGGAGGCGCUCAUGAGGAGCGUUGGGGUCAUCGAUGAGUUCACCAAGGACCAUCUCAGGACUCAGUGGGAAGGCAAAGAUCGGCUGGAGGCCUACUCCACCCUGAAGCAGCACACCUUCAGCCUCGCAUGCCGGCUGUUCAUGAGCAUCACAGACCCGCAGAUCGUCUCGAGGCUCGCCGACCACUUCCACGUGUUCCUCAGGGGAGUCGUCGGCCUCCCCCUUGACGUCCCCGGCACAAGCUUUUACCAGUCGAAGAAAGCGGCCAAUUCCAUCAGGAAGGAGCUCCGGGUGUUGGUGAAGUGGCGCCGGACAGAGCUGGAGAGGAAGACGGCGUCCCCUUCGCAAGACAUCAUGUCGCACCUGAUUGCAAAUGGGGAUGAGAACGGGAAGCUCAUGCCCGAGGCAGAGAUCAUAAACAACAUGUUGAACCUCCUAUUCGCUGGCCAUGAUACUUCCACUUCGACUCUAGUGUUGAUCAUCAAGUACCUGAGUGAGCUGCCUCAUGUACUGGAGAAGGUCAUUGCCGAGCAAAGGGAAAUCGCGGCAUCGAAGGCACGAGGAGAGCUUCUUCAGUGGGGGGAUUUGCAGAAGAUGAGAUACUCGUGGAAUGCCAUCUUGGAAGUCAUGAGGAUGACUGCGCCAAUAUAUGGUUCUUUCCGCAAGGCCCUGGUUGAUUUCACGUACGAAGGAUACACCAUUCCUAAAGGCUGGAAGUUACACUGGAGCGCAUGUUCAACACACACAGACCGGAACUACCACCCGAGAACGCUCACCUUUGAUGAAUCGAGAUUCGAGGGAUCGGGGCCUGCUCCGUAUACGUACGUCCCGUUCGGAGGCGGGCCAAGGAUGUGUUUGGGGCUCGAGUUUGCGAGGGCGGAGUUACUCGUGUUCUUCCACAAUCUCGUCAUUGGAUUUCACUGGAGUCUGGUCAAUCCCGACGAGAAAAUAAUCUACGACCCUAUGCCUAUACCAGUGAAAGGACUUCCCAUCCGUCUUCGACCUCGCGACUAGCUUCUUCUUUCUUCUAUAUUUGCUUCGUUUUCUGUCUUACUAUGAAGCUUGAACGCUUAGCAUCCCAAUUGUUGGAAAGUCCCUUUAAUGUUUGCGCAUCUUA